UCUAGUUGCAGACAAGCCCUCGCGAGCGUAUUUCCGGUGAGGCCGGAAGUGGUGCGGGUAGGGUUACUGGGCGUCUCCAGGCGGAAGUGGAGCAGCCGGGAAGAGGCGAGCUGGGCAGAGGUGCUGAGAGAUGACAGAGCUGCACGGUCUUGUGGAGCGAUUGGAGAGAGCUGUAGGCCGCUUGGAGAUGAUGUCCCAUGGCCCUGGCACGCAGGGCGGCUGUGGAGAUGGCCUUUCCAAAGACAUAGCUGAGUAUGUACAGGCUUUUGACACACUCUUGGCGGGUCCAGUAGCUGAAUACAUGAAGAUCAGCAGAGAAAUUGGCGGUGAUGUCCAAAAACACGCUGACAUGGUCCAUGCAGGGUUGAUGACAGAGAGGGCUCUCCUGGUGACAGCAUCUCAGUGCCAGCAACCCACAGCGAACAACUUCUCAUCUGUGCUGAAGCCAAUAUCCGAGAAGAUCCAGGUGGUCCAGAACUUCCGGGAGAAGAACCGUGGCAGCAAACUCUUCAAUCACCUCUCAACCGUUAGUGAGAGCAUCCCUGCAUUAGGCUGGGUCGCCAUGGCUCCCAAACCAGGCCCUUACGUGAAGGAAAUGACUGAUGCCGCCAUGUUUUAUAGCAACCGGAUCCUCAAGGAAUACAAAGAUGUAGAUAAGAAGCAUGUGGACUGGGUGAAAGCUUAUCUGAGUAUCUGGACAGAGCUGCAGGCGUACAUUAAGGAGUAUCACACCACUGGGCUGACCUGGAGCAAAACGGGACCUGUUCUAACUGAUUCAGGAAAUGGAUCCCGAGCAGCAGCUCCUUCUCCUGGUGGCCCCCCACCCCCGCCACCUGGCCCUCCACCCCCUCCAGCUCCCACCUCAACAAAUUCUGGCUCAGAUGACCCUGCAACCCGUUCCGCACUUUUUGCCCAGAUCAACCAGGGAGAGGCUAUCACUUCCGGCCUGAAGCACGUGUCGGACGAGAUGAAGACCCACAAGAACCCAGCGCUGAAGAACCCAGGCGGUCCUAUGCGGACGGGACCAAAGCCUUUCAUGGCCCCGAAGCCAGCCUGUCCUGUCAGCGCCUCCCAAAAACUGCCUGCAAAGAAGGAGCCUCCUGUGCUGGAGCUGGAAGGCAAGAAAUGGAGAGUGGAGAACCAAGAAAAUGCCUCCAACUUGGUGAUCAGCGACACAGAGCUGAAGCAGGUGGCCUACGUCUACAAGUGCAUGAACAGUACACUCCAUAUCAAGGGGAAGAUCAACUCCAUCACACUGGAUAACUGCAAGAAGCUAGGUCUGGUGUUUGAUGAUGUGGUGGGCAUUGUUGAGAUCAUCAACAGUCGGGAUAUCCAAGUUCAGGUGUUGGGUAAAGUGCCAACCAUUUCCAUCAACAAGACAGACGGUUGUCACGUCUACCUGAGCAAGAACUCAUUAGAAUGUGAGAUUGUCAGUGCCAAGUCCUCAGAGAUGAACGUCCUCGUUCCUACAGACAGUGGUGAUUUUAAUGAGUUCCCAAUCCCAGAACAAUUCAAGACACAGUGGAACGGGCAGAAGUUAGUCACCACUGUCACGGAGAUAGCUGGAUAAGUUGACCUGGCGCUCGACAUUCGCCCCACCACUGCUGUGGGACAAAUCUGCUUUUUUUGGGAUGAUUUAUAGAUUUUCCUGUACCUUUUCCGCUCUCAAUCUGCUUCUGUCUUCUCCCCGAGAGACUUGCCUACCUGCCUUCACUGAAAAUACCUCAGGCUAGGAUUUGGGGUAGGGUGGCAGAAUCAUUUGCUUCUAUCAAUUGAUCAGCAGGAAAGUGUGGCGUUUCCCCUUGGUCAGGCAAACCCGCAUCACCAAUCAACUUCUGUCUGGCCUUUCUUUUUGUGCUCCCUGGAGCCAGUAUCUCAAGGACUUGGUUCUAGAGGUUUUUCUCUUCCCCUUUCAUUUUAAGCAAAGGAAGACGGUUCCUCUUGGAGUAAAGUGAGUUAUCAGGGUAUAGAGUCCCCAGUGAUAUGUGUGUGUGACAGUGUAUCUGGAAGGUGUGGGUUGGGGGAAGUACAAGGGAGUUGACUUCAUUCUGUUUAAUCUAAUUGGGGCUGUUCAAAGAUUCCAGGAAUGGCUUUGCUGGACCAAAAGCUGAAGGACUGGUGCAUGUAUAGCAUUCCUCCCCCACCUCCCCAUUUUUCCCCUUACGUGCUCAGUGUAAAAUUCUGUGUUGUGCCAUGAUGUUGGGGGAGACCUCUCAGUUACAGGUGCCACAAGACUACCAUGGGACAGGCUCCCCACUCGCCCCUUCCGGGAGUCUGUCCAGCGGCUAGAAAACUGCUGCUCACCACUUCCAUUCAAGCCCUCCUUUAAAGGGAAAAUUAUGCCCAAAGGGUCCCUCUUCUGAGCAACUGAGCAUUGUCCAGGCUUUCCAGGACAGGUUUUUCCUUGGAGCCCAUCUCUCUCUCUCUUUUUUAGGGAGGGAUGAGUCUUCUUCAUUCCAGGUCCAGUAUUUAAUUAUUUGUAAGCACAAGUUCAUUCCAAUCCUCCAUCUGAGCUUAUUUACCCUGUGGAGUCUGGAAAACUCUCUGGCUGUCCUUCUCUCUGUUGCUCAGCUUCUUCUCCACCGGAAGGCCAGUGUGUGUGUGUUAGCAUGGCACUGCAGUGCUUGCGCCGAGACCAAAGGCAUGGUACUGUACUGACCCACCAAAGGGAGUUGCCUGCGCACCAGAAUCAUAAGUGUUUUUGGAUAGCAUAUGCAUAUCUUAUUUCCCUCUUUGCCACAUUAAUGAUUCCCCCCCCCCACUAAAAUGAAACUUAACAAAAGAUAUGCAAUUUCUUUUUAUUUUGAAACUGUCCUGUGACUUGUAUUUCUCUCCCGAGGCUUGUGGAAAUAAAACCUUUCUUAUGUACUUAAAAUUAUACUGAAGAUAGAAUAAAGUUAAUGCCAAGUUGCUCCUUAA